AUGAUCUCACUCGUACAAUUUGGGAUUGUUUUAUUCGUCGGCCUGGGGAGUAUCACCUAUGGCUACGGAUCCAGCAUCAUUGCUACCACCACUGGACAACCCACCUUUAUUUCCUACUUUGAGCUUGAUACCAGAUCCAACGCAGAUGAUCUUUUGGGGGCCAUAAAUGGUCUCUUCUCCGUGGGAGGCUUGUUUGGCUGCAUCUCGUGCUUCUGGAUUCCCGACAAAUGGGGUCGCAAAAAAGCAAUCAUGUUUGCGUCUUUUACAUCCAUUGUUGGGAAUGGCCUCGCCGCGGGGAGUGUGCACAUCGCCAUGUUUAUCGUUGCCAGACUCAUCACCGGCUUCUCCGUAGGAGCCCUGGUGAGUCUUGUUCCACUAUACCAGAGCGAGAUCUCCCCACCAAAGAUUCGCGGUCUGCUUGUGGGCAUGCACGGUACAGGCAUCGCCACCGGCUAUGUUGCUGCUAGCUGGAUCGGCCUGGGUUUCUACUUUGUCAAAGCAAGUGGCACUCAAUGGAGAAUGCCCCUGGCAAUCGGGGCGUUGUGGCCUCUCCUGCUUGCUGGUGGUGUGCUAUUGAUCCCAGAGUCUCCACGUUGGUUGUUGACCAAGGACCGUCCCGAGGAUGCUCUCAAGGCGUUCAAGGCUUGCCGCACCGAGUCCGGGCCUCGCAAUGACGAGCACGCUAUUACCGAGGAAUUCCAUCUGUUGCAUUCUCAGGUCAUCGAGGAGUUGAAGGAUCAUGUGCCAUUAAAGGAGUUCUUCACCAGACCAGCCCUCCGCAAGAGGUCCUGGAUCGGCUGGUUGACCAUGGUGGCGGGUCAAUGUACCGGAACCAUUGUUAUCAACAACUACGGACCUUUUCUCUACAGAAAUCUUGGCUUCACCGUCGUCAACCAGCUUCUAAUCCAGUGUGGCUGGAUUACCGUGUGCCUUCUCGGCAAUGCCUUCAACGCUGCAGUCAUUGAUUACUUUGGAAGAGUUCGAAUGCUCGUUUUUGGGCUCGCUGGAGAUGUGAUCGCCCUUGCUGGCGAGUGUGCUACGGUUGCUGUCUAUCAACGAACGGGCUCAGAGGCAGCCGCCAAAGCAGCCGUGUUCUUCCUCUUCCUCCAUAUUGGAUUCUACGGCUGGACGAUUGACGCCAGCACGUACAUCUAUGCUACCGAGAUCUUCCCCAACCCUCUACGGGCGCGCGGUAUCGGAAUUUCUUGUGCCGGUCUCUUCAUGGCUAUCAUUGUCUUCACCAGUGCCGCACCCACCGCAUUCAACACUAUUGGAUGGAAAUACUAUCUCGUCUUCACCAUUCUCACCGCCAUCAACACCGUUGUCAUCUUCCUCUUCUUCCCAGAGACCAAGGGUAUGGCUCUCGAGGAUGUUGCCGAAAUCUUCGGCGACGGUAUCGUCCUCACAGACACCCGCGAAGAACAGAUUCAUCAGCGCUUCAAGCAAUCUCACUAUCGUACUGAAGUCCUCGACGAGGUGACCCGCGACGAGCCAAUUCAAUUGGACAUGAAAGAAGGCUCAACAAAGGUCGAACAUAUACCAUGA